CGGGCACUCACCUCCUAACGGUCGUUGGCCGACGCGAUUCUUUAAUGAAUGCAACGCCACGACGUGCGCGGAUCGUUUUUAAUGACGAUCCUUUCAGACUGCUACCAACAAUCAGCAGAUGGUGUUGUGUAGUUUAACGCCAGGGAGCGGAGUUGGAUACGACGGUCGUACGACGGACAUCCGACUCCAACGUCCAUGCUCUAAUGGUUGCUUAUCAUCGGCGAAUAUGAAAACCACACUCGUCUUGAUCAUUGUCGUCCUUGAAGUGGUCUCAACAAGAGGAGAGUUUGCUGCAUCAUUUGAGCCAAAAGAUGCUAUAAUUGUAGUAGAGGAGGAGACAGAAUAUCUGGAGAUGACGCUAACUGACGUUGAUGUAAACAUGUGGAUAGAGGUGCGGAGUUCUUCACCUGAUAUAUUCACAACUAACUCAAGCGAAGUGAUCUCCUUCAAGAUUCCUUACGAAUUUGGACAUAAUGCAACUGGCUACUCGUUUCUGAUCUCUGUCACUGGAGUUAAACUCGGUAUUGCAGAUAUAUUAUUUACUGCAAGAGACAACGCUGGGCGUGUUCUGGAAGGGUAUGAGAUACUACCAUACACUGUGAAGGUUAACAGAAAACCUUCAAUAAUUGACACUAUAUACCGGUACACACUACAAGUCUGGCUGAUUCUGUCUUAUACUGCCAUGGGUGUGAAGAUGGACUGGAAGGUAAUAAGAAGGAGGUUGCGUCGACCUUGGGCUAUUCUCAUCGGGGUCCUCUGCCAAUUUAUAAUAAUGCCUCUUUUGGCCUAUUCAAUUGCCAAACUUCUCCAGCUUGACGACACGGCUGCUAUCGGGUUGAUAACCGUUGGUUCCAGUCCCGGUGGCUGGGUGAGUAACGUUUUCAGCCUGCUACUGGAUUUAGACCUUGUUCUGAGUCUGACAAUGACAUUCUGUUCGACUGUUCUGGCGUUAGGCUUUAUGCCUCUUAAUGCUUACAUAUACUCAGCCGAGUUCAUCAACGGAAAUGAAGCUCUGAAAACGCCAUUCCUUCAAAUUAUUCUCCAACUCGUCAUUCUUAUUGUGCCUGUUUUGGCCGGUAUGGUUAUCCUUUACAAGUGGCCGAAAGUCGCAAGGAUACUCAAAAUAUUGGUGAAACCGUUUGUCAUCGGGAUGGUGAUCACAUCUGCGGUUGUUGGAGUUCCUGCCAAUAUUUACGUUCUCUUUUCUCCAACUGACGUUUUCAUGUCUGCAAUGGUUUUUCCAUUUGUAGGCGGGAUACUUGGUCUACUGUUUAGUAAAUUAGCUUGCCUCUGCAACAAGUCUGCUCUGACAGUAGCUUUCGAAACUGGCGCUCAAAAUAGUUUACUCGCCACCACUGUCAUCUACAUGUCGUACCCAAACCCUGAAGCCGACCUGAUAAGACGUCUUCCAUUUCUGGUCGCUAUGAUGACGAUUUUUGAAUCUUCAAUUAUAACAAUCAUUGUUAAGAUUAUGAAGCGUUUUCCAGGGAGACCAUACGAAGAUGAAACCGAAGAUGCAGAGGACAUCAGUGUCAAAGUUGAUAAAAACAAUGGCACAGAUUGCCGCAAAGAUUCUCAGACUCUUGAAGAAACCUCUGCCAGCGAAGGAAGCCAUCAUGAAACCAGUGAGAGCAGUAAGCCUACGCAAACAGGCGGCUCCUUCACCAAUACUGCAUUUGACUCCAAAUUUACUGAAUUGUAAGCCUAGGCUACCUUAAUAAUAAUUAGUUGAAAAGCAAUAUAAUGUAUUGAUAAAGACUUAACUUACUAUGACGGUUUUCCUCAUUCACAACUUAGGAAAACUGAAAGAAAUUAAAUAUGCUGUGUUCAUGAUCUCAAAGAUUUAUUAUGUCAUAUUGGUUUUGGUGAUAUUUGGUUAUCGCAGAGUGAAGAAGAAAAAUAUACACUACUUCUGAAUUUGCUUACGUUUAACCGAUAUUGAAAUGUAGAAAAUCAGAAAUUUAAUUUAGAAAAAUAUGACUUCAUCAAGAAUGAAAUAUUAUGUCCAAUUCAAAUGUUGUAUACCAUGUACAGAAUAUCUUUUAUAUGUUGAUGAUUUGACAAAAAAACCCACAAAAAAACUCUUUA